AUGUCCAUAGUUUGCAUUGCCUGUGGGCACGAAUGUGUCGAUGAAUCGGAGACGGACAAGCAUCAUGAGGAGACCGGGCAUCAUGCUUUCAGGCAGCGCGUUGCUGAGGGCUACGACGACCGGGCUCCGAGGCGUAUGACUUGCGCCACCUGCAAUUUCCGCUGCAACAACCGCGCUGAGUCAUGGCGCCACACCCAGGAGACUGGGCACAGCCGCUUCCAGAGUGGUGAGGGCUCAGACGACCGGACUCCAUGCUCGAUGACCUGCAGAACUUGUCGGCAUGUAUGCGCCAAUCGAGCUGAGUCAUGGGAACACACUGAGGCAACCGGGCAUACGAGUUUCCAACAUACCGUUAGAGUCCGGGCUUCUGGUAAUGACACUGCAGAAGAGGAAGACUCUCAGGUACAAAAGGCUAUCUUCGAAAGCCUGCUACCUGACAAGUCCCAUGAGCCAGCCCCAAAUCUCCGAAGAUCUGACGGCGCUGUUGAGCAGGUCAAGCUCCAGUACAUUUUGAGCUGCGCAAGUGAUUGGAAAGGCAAACUUUCGAGCGGUCCUCAAUCUUUUGGUGAUCUAUACCAGGCUGCAGAUGGGGAUUUGACGUUUACGGUGUUGCGCGUGCAAGGCAGCAAGAUCGUGAAGAACAUGUCUCCACCUGCAAUAGAAGACCUAAAUAAGAUUGCUCACAACAACAUUGCCAUGUUACAGGGCUACUUCUUGUCCCCUGACCUUUCAACUGCCAUGUUCAUCUAUCACAGCGAAAACGACGGCACUUUGAAGCAGCAUUUGAACGAUGACAAGCUUGCAGAAAUGCUAAGUUGGCCAUCAAGGGUCACGAUCGCCAACGGUAUAGUGACCGCGAUUGAUUAUUUGCACAGCCUUGAUCCUCCCUGCUUCCAUCGGAGCGUGAAGCCUGGAAAUAUCCUGCUUGAUGCAGAGCGGCAGCCAAAACUCAUUGCCUGUGGCUUGUCUCGCUUCGUGCAGUGCUCCAGCCCCAAGAGGAAGAGUGCGUUGCAUGUCUCGCAGAUUCUAUUUGGAGAUCAAGGCUUCAUGUGCCCCAACUAUUGUAAGACGUGCAACUUCGAGAAGGCCAGCGAGAUCUUUUCCGUAGGAGCAACCAUCUUGCAGAUUGUUGCUGGACAGACUCGCUUUGACAGCGCCCCGCUGAGUGAAUUGCCAGAUGAUCUCAAGAUGGCUGACGUUGAGAAGCUUCACGACAAACGGCCGCCUUACGCAAGCCAUGAAGCAGAAGUCCGGACUUUGUCCAACAUGACGGAGCAAGCAAUGAAGAGGAAGCAGAUCCGGACAAGCACAAUUGCAUCCCUACUGGAGCCGGUGCAGGAUCAGACUGCUCCACAAGGAGAUGAUGCCCAAGCUGUCAGAGACAUCAGAAAUGCGAAAUGGUACGAGCCAUACAAGCUGGGAGUGUUCAACAUGGUGAAGGCAGCAAGCCGUGGUGACUCCAAAGGAAAAAUACAUUUGGUUCAGAUCAAACCCAGCCUAGACAAUGAGUAUACCAUGGCCGAAUGGCCAGCGAUUCAGCAGGAUUUGGGCUCAGCAUACCAACGGCAGAAAGCUCCCUUCUACGACGGAACGACAGAGUUGAUCAGCUGGAAACGCAUCCUCUGUCAACAAUGGGACCUGCAGGAUCUCCGCAGAUUCCUCGAGGACUACACACGACAACACAUGCACGUCAUCAUCACUUCCGUGUCAUCAGGCCAUAUGAAAGAAGUGGAGCAGGUCGUCGACGAUGUCAUCCGUGACCCUGACGGCCGUGGCCGCGUGCACACAGCUUUUCUGCAGAGAGGUUGCGACUACAGUGAUGUGCGUCGCAAGAAGGCAGAUGGAUAG